AUGAGUUCUUCGUUUACAACUCAAUCUGACUCUCUCCAAUCCCCAGUGGCUUCCUCGGUGAUCUGCCGGACUCGGACUGGGUCUUCGCAGCCCUCCGUUGGAGCUUUUGAGGUCUCCGAGGAAACUUUGCCAGUUCCUCAUGAGGCUCCGACUUAUUCUCCCCAGUCUCUCGAAAACCCGAGGGAGCCGACUCCACCGCCUGCCUAUGAGCAUGAACUCACCAAUAAUUCGCCUCCAUGUAGGCUUCCCACCAAAAUGUCAGCCGCUCCCAUGGACGUCGAAGAACAACGACUCCCUGGCAUUCUAGUCUACGAAGUCAGAAUCUACCCUCAUCCUCUCCGUGUCCGGAAUGAUGUAGACGAGAAGUGGGCUUCCAGGUGCACUAUCUACACCCUCACAGUUCUUUGCUUGUUCAUGGUCUUCUUCAACCUCGCCACCUACUAUCAAGACAAGCGCGAUCAUAACAUCAACAACGAAGACAAUGACCGGUGCUCAAACCAGCACGACACGGCGCUCGGCUUGGCUUGCAUCCUGGGCCUGCUGGGAGCCGACCAUUGGUAUGCUCAUCGUUGGCUGCUUGCCGUCCUCAAGUCGAUGUGGGCAUUUUUGGAGGCUGGGCGUUUUCUUAUUUACCGCUAUGGCGGCAAAUAUGAUCCUCAUUCCGCGGGUACUCCUCCAGGCUUGUUUUGGCUGUCCACAAUUUCGUUUCUGAUGAUGAUCGUCACUAUUUUUUGGUGGCCGAUCGAUGCGAUGCUUUGGGGAACGGUAGCGCUCUUCGCUUGCGCCAUCGGUCUCAGCAUCCAGCGGGAUCAGGAUGAGAGCCUGGAGCCCCACGACCAGUGCUACAAGAAGCAGGAGAUCGGCGGCUAUCUCGCCGGGUUUCUGGGCUUGAUCGGCGGCGUCGACCAGUGGUAUGCCCAUCACUGGGCCCUGGCCGUCUUCAAAUCGAGCUGGGUGAUUUUGGUGCUGGUCAGGAUUUUCUUGGCUUCUUUUGUCGAGUUCGAUCCCCCCCUCAACCUCGAUGACCUGGACAUGGCCUGUUUUCUUGCAGUGGUUGUGACCUCGCUCUGGUGGCCGGUCGAUACGGUGCUUUGGUUGAAGGGGGUCUAUAGUGUGCCCGGUUGUGAGGGUGGGGGUGGCUUCUAG